AGUGUGAAGGGGGGACCAGGGUCCUUGGAGGGCGAGAACGGAGAGUCAGGCCGGGCGAGGCAUGGACUGAAGGCGGCUCCGGGAGUGUGGGCCCCCCUGGGACGUGUGCGUGUUUCCGGGGGCUCCUGCAAAUGCUCGUGCGUGUGCAUUUGCACGUGGACUCGGUCAGGCGUGUGCAGACAGCGCCUGCAGGUCUAGGUGGGUGCUGAUCUGAGUGUCUGCGCCUGGGCCCUGUUUUUGAGCCUGGCACAGGGGUGCUUAGUGAACACAUGACCGCCUAGCGUUGUGUGCAGGAUCCAACGGGGAAUGAAACUAGAGUAGGACACGCUCCCAACCCUUUUAGAAGCGGGCCCAGGAUGCUGUGAUCAUCCUGGGGGGUGGAGGACUUGUCUUCGCCUCCUACCUGAUGGCCACGGGAGAUGAGCGUUUCUAUGCUGAACACCUGAUGCCGACUCUGCAGGGGCUGCUGGACCCGGAGUCAGCCCACAGACUGGCUGUUCGCUUCACCUCCCUGGGGCUCCUUCCACGGGCCAGAUUUCAAGACUCUGACAUGCUGGAAGUGAGAGUUCUGGGCCAUAAAUUCCGAAAUCCGGUAGGAAUUGCUGCAGGAUUUGACAAGCAUGGGGAAGCCGUGGACGGACUUUAUAAGAUGGGCUUUGGUUUUGUUGAGAUAGGAAGUGUGACUCCAAAACCUCAGGAAGGAAACCCUAGACCCAGAGUCUUCCGCCUCCCCGAGGACCAAGCUGUCAUUAACAGGUAUGGAUUUAACAGUCACGGGCUUUCAGUGGUGGAACACAGGUUACGGGCCAGACAGCAGAAGCAGGCCAAGCUCACAGAAGAUGGACUGCCUCUGGGGGUCAACUUGGGGAAGAACAAGACCUCAGUGGACGCCGCGGAGGACUACGCAGAAGGGGUGCGCGUGCUGGGCCCCCUGGCCGACUACCUGGUGGUGAAUGUGUCCAGCCCCAACACCGCCGGGCUGCGGAGCCUUCAGGGAAAGGCCGAGCUGCGCCGCCUGCUGACCAAGGUGCUACAGGAGAGGGAUGGCUUGCGGAGAGUGCACAGGCCGGCAGUCCUGGUGAAGAUCGCUCCUGACCUCACCAGCCAGGACAAGGAGGACAUUGCCAGUGUGGUCAAAGAGUUGGGCAUCGAUGGGCUGAUUGUUACGAACACCACCGUGAGUCGCCCUGCGGGCCUCCAGGGUGCCCUGCGCUCUGAAACAGGAGGGCUGAGUGGGAAGCCCCUCCGGGAUUUAUCAACUCAAACCAUUCGGGAGAUGUAUGCACUCACCCAAGGCCGAGUUCCCAUAAUUGGGGUUGGUGGUGUGAGCAGCGGGCAGGACGCGCUGGAGAAGAUCCGGGCAGGGGCCUCCCUGGUGCAGCUGUACACGGCCCUCACCUUCUGGGGGCCACCCGUUGUGGGCAAAGUCAAGCGGGAACUGGAGGCCCUUCUGAAAGAGCAGGGCUUUGGCAGAGUCACAGAUGCCAUUGGAGCAGAUCAUCGGAGGUGAGGACAGCGUCUGACGGGAAGCCUGAUCUGGAACCUUCCCAAGGACUCAGGCAAGCCUUUGUGGCUGGAUCAUGAGAGGAGGGACUCCAUCUUGAGCCAUGUCCCCCAGCCAUGGCAUGGCUGCACUGUAAACGCCAGUCGGGGGGUCACCAGGAUCAACCGCAGGCUUUCUUCAGUCCCUUGGUCAGACCAUAAACUGCAUUUUUGAUUCUUUGUGGAUUCAAACCCUAGGAUCCAUCAGUCUUGCAAGGACAUUGAAUAUUAGGAGGAAAAAGUCAUGGAAAAAAUAAAGCCAUUUAGAACCUGGGUUUCAACGCUAGCCCUUUCUGGUUUGCCAUAGGCCCUGCCAAGAUACUGCAGGUCCAUCCAGGCCUCUGCUAUCUGCAUCUGCAGUGGGCUUCCCAGGAACUUGACUGUCUUUCAUUUGAUCUUUAUUUUUGUUUAUUUAAUAUUUUAAACUUUAUUUUAAAAAUAUUUCAAACAUAAGGGCGGGGUGUGGUGGCUCAUGCCUGUAAUCCCAGCACUUUGGGAGGUCGAGGCGGGCGGAUCACCUGAGGCCAGGAGUUGGAGACCAGCCAGGCCACCAUGGUGAAACCCUGUCUCUACCAAAAAUACAAAAAAUUAGCCAGAUAUUGUGGCAGGCACUUUUAAUCCCAGUUACUCGGGAGGCUGAGGCAGGAGAAUUGCUUGAACCUGGGAGGUGGAGGUUGCAGUGAGCCAAGAUUGCACCAGUGCACUCCAGCUUGGGCGACAGAUCAAGACUCUGUCACACACAAAACAAACAAACAAAUUUUCCCAUUUCUCUACAUCCCUUUCUCUAUAACAUGGAUAAAAUAUUCACGUCUUAUGUAUUUAUUAUUGCUGAGUCAUUGGUGCCUUAUUCUUCAGUGUUUCAGUCUGUAUCUCCUAAGCAUCCUGAUGUUAGUUUUUUGAUUAUAAAAUUGAUCUGCAUUCUUUACUAGCAAUUCAAACGGUACAGCACUCUUGAAGUGUAAACAUUCCUGUUCCUCCUCACCCCACUCUGCAGACAUGCCUUUCUGUCUGUCCUCCCGGACUUUUCCCCUGCAUAAAGAUGUUCAUUUUGUACAUACACUCAGA